AGACGUCUCUCUUUCUCUCUCUCACUCGUUUUCUCGCAGUUCAAAUUUCAUUUCCUUAAUUUUAGAUAUCUAAGGUCGGCGAUAUUCGUGUCCACGGCGUUUCGCUGCUCCGCCGUCAGUUUUCCUACUCAGAGGCUGCCACUGCUUGAUUCGCCGGUAACUGUCUUCACGUAUGUGGCCACUAAUACUUUACAAGAUUUGAGUUCUCUUCCUGUAUCUGAGAAGAUGAGUGAAUGUAAAGCAAGCUUAACUAAGCCUUGCGUUGGGAAAUUGAAUGGAAAAUCUGAAGAUAGACCAUUACCAAGCUCUGUGGUUUUGAAUCCCAGUGUUGUAGAAACAGAGAACCCCGAGGCAGAGAUAGCUAUUGUGGAAGUUGAAUAUAUUGAGUCCGAGAACUUGAAUAAUGUUGACGAUGCUGAUUCUCUUCUCCAGUCGGUCCUAGCUGGUCUUGACUCCAAGGAUUGGAUAUCAGUCUGUGACGCUCUUAAUAAUGUUCGUCGCCUUUCUUUAUUCCACAAGGAAGCAAUGCUGCAUCUGCUCGAAAAAGUGAUCCCACUCGUCGUGAAAUCGCUGAAAAAUCCUAGAAGCGCCGUAUGCAAAACCGCUUGCAUGACAUCUGCGGACAUCUUCAGUGCAUAUAACGACCAUAUAACAGAUCUGUUGGAUUCUCUGCUUACUCAACUCCUCCUCAAAUCAUCCCAAGACAAAAGGUUUGUCUGCGAGGCAGCAGACAAAGCUUUAACAUCAAUGACAAGCUACGUUUCCCCAACUUUGCUAUUACCAAAGCUGCAGCCUUGUCUCAAGAACAGGAAUCCUCGGAUCCGCGCAAAAGCGUCAUUAUGCUUUUCCCGAAGUGUACCCCGACUGGGCGUUGAAGGUAUUAAAGAAUAUGGAAUCGACAAACUAGUUCAGGCGGCCGCGUCUCAGCUUAGUGAUCAGCUCCCUGAGUCCCGCGAGGCUGCACGGGCCGUCCUACUGGAACUUCAGACCGUGUAUAAAAAUGCUCAUCCUCUCAUCAAACCUGAGACUGCGUCAUCAUCAUCACCAUCGCAAGAGGAAGAGCAAACCCCAGAGGCAGAGUCAAUUACUUGGGAGAUCUUCUGCCAGUCAAAGCUGUCGGCUCUAAGCGCACAAGCCGUUCUUCGUGUCACAAAUGCUGUGGCGGUGACUACUCGGGAGGGUUUGGUUACUACAGGUUCAUCUUCUUCAUCACAGUUAUAAGCCUUCUCUACUACUUUUUUUGGAUUGUCUUUUUAAACUGUCUGCUACGGAUCAUACGGUUACAUGGUAUUCUCCGGCCGUGACCCACCAAAUUGGCAAAUUAUGGAUUGAAAAAGAGAGUAAAAACCGGUUAUCAAAAUCUUGGUUAAAUUUCUUUUUUCUUUUUGGGA